GGGCUUUCUAUGGCUAUAGACUACAAGGACAAAUAGCACCCCCAAACCCCAGAGCUCAGUUAUGAAGCUGCUGGUGGGGAGAAGAUGGAAGGAGAGAUUUCAGGCUAAAGCAGAUGAGCUGAGCUGAAGGCAUUGCUCCAUCCUUCCCACCAGACAGGCAAAAAAAUUGUAAUCGGAGGAGCUGAAAAGCUGAGCAGCCUGCCAGCGCUGGUACCCUGCAUCCUGCACAGGCACCCACCGCCUCGGGCUUCUCUUCCUUUCCCCCUUUGCCUCCUGCAAGAUUUAAGCCUUUCAUUUGCAAUCUCGACUCCUGACAACCCUUGUCAAUAAAUGAGGGAGCAUAAUGCUGAACAGCAUCACCGAUGGGCUCCUCUGCUGCCUGAUGGGCAAGACGACAAACGCCGUGGGGCCGCUGGACAGCGUUGAGUCCAGCAACGGCUACAGCUUCAUGGAGGUGAAGCCAGGGAGGAUCCUGCGGAUCAGGCACAGCACACCCCACCGCCCAGCCCCAGAGGGGCCCGAGGAAACCCAGCCUGGGGGGCCAGAGCGGGGCAUGGUGCACUGCAAGCGCAAGAUCACCGUCUACCGCAACGGGCAGCUGGUGAUCGAGAACCUGGGGGACGCCGUCCGCUCUGAGAUCCUGCACUGCCAGAACAGCUUGGGGGAACCCAACAGCACCAUGGAGCUGGAGCUCUCUGACCUGGCUGGCCAAGCUCCUGCCCAGGGUCCUGCCGGCACGCCGGGCUGCGGCACACGGGAAGCAGCUGCUGCCCCCGGCAAGCGUCGGAAGCGUAAACCCAAGAAAGUCGUCAACAUCGACUGCAAGAAGCAGAUCACGAGCUGCAAAGGGACACACAGUGACGUGGUCCUCUUCUUCAUCCACGGCGUGGGCGGCUCACUGGACAUCUGGAAGGAGCAGCUGGACUUCUUUACCAAGCUGGGCUACGAAGUGGUGGCUCCUGACCUGGCCGGCCAUGGCUGCAGCUCAGCUCCCCAAAUUGCCGCCGCGUACACCUUCUAUGCGCUGGCGGAGGACAUGAGGGCUGUCUUCAAGCGCUACGCAAAGAAGAGGAAUAUCUUGAUAGGACACUCAUAUGGGGUGUCCUUCUGCACCUUCCUUGCCCACGAGUACCCAGACCUGGUCCAUAAAGUGAUCAUGAUCAACGGAGGGGGCCCGACAGCGCUGGAGCCCAGCCUCUGCUCCAUCUUCAACAUGCCCACCUGCGUCUUGCAUUGCCUGUCCCCGUGCCUGGCCUGGAGCUUCCUCAAGGCUGGCUUCGCUCGCCAGGGUGCCAAAGAGAAGCAGCUGCUGAAGGAAGGCAAUGCCUUCAACGUGUCCUCCUUUGUGCUGCGUGCCAUGAUGAGCGGCCAAUACUGGCCGGAGGGCGACGAGGUUUACCACGCGGAGCUGGCCGUGCCUGUGCUCCUUGUGCACGGCAUGCACGACAAGUUCGUCCCGGUGGAGGAGGACCAGCGCAUGGCUGAGAUCCUGCUGAUUGCCUUCCUGAAGGUGAUUGACGAGGGCAGCCACAUGGUGAUGAUGGAGUGUCCUGAGACAGUGAACACGCUGCUCCACGAGUUCGUCCUGUGGGAGCCCGAGACACCAGCUGGGGACGGGCAAGGGGAGAAGAAAUAAGGCGGCGGGACAUGGUGACCGGGCUGCUCCGAUGGGAGAGAUGUUUCGGAGCGGAGAGGGGUUUGCGAGAGCGGAGGGGUGCGGCAGAGGCUGCCCUCGCCGGGAGCUCAGCUGAUUUUCUUUCCCGGCCGCAUCAGAGGCUGGUGGUGGAGCACGGAGGCUCCCCCAGGCAGGGGUGUGCAGGGUCGGCAGUAGGAACAUGGCAGACCUGGUCCCCAUCCCCUUGGGGACGGCAUGGCAGCCGCUGGAGCGUCUUCAUCCUGUUUCUUUGUAGUAUUAUUUUCCUCAUGCAGCGACCCCCCGGGGACGGAGAGAGGGCGACUGCAGGGAGACUGGUCCCACUUGCAGCAAAAUGGGAAGAACUCAGAGGGCUUCCUUCAGGGAGAGCACAUCAGCUCUGGCACCUUCCCGGCCAGGGCUAGAGGAGCUGAGCUGGGAUUGCUUUAAGGGGAAACCAAAGGCUCCUUGGCCUCAGCAGUGGGAUUCGCCUGAGCCCCCACGGUGCCUCGCCUGAGCCAUCUGCAGGGCUGGGAGGAUGAGACCCCCAUGCCCUGGCCUCCAGGGGUUAUUCCCAGCAGCCGUGCGUGUGGCGCUGAGCAGCUCCCACUUGGCACUGAGGAGGGUCUGCAUGGCUCAUCUCUGCCCGGCCAGGAGAUGAGGACAAGGAGGUGACCUGCUCCUGUGGACAUGGCCAGAAGGACCGCCAGCUCCCCCACCAUGGUGGGACUGGCAUGGCUGUGAUGAAGAAGACAAGCCAAACUUGAGCUCUCCUGUGGUCCCACGGUCCCCCGGUGCCACCGUCUGUGCAGUCAUGUCCCCAGCCACCAUUGCUUUAGGUACUGCAGCACUGGCUUCUGUGGAGCCCCCUGCUCCCCCUCCUGCUGCCACAUCUUCAAGAUGCUCGGAGCCAUCACCACCACAUAGCGACUCCUGCAGCAUCUGAUCCGUUCGCCCUUCCCAGCUUCUAGCUCCUCCAUGAUUCUGGGACCUACCACCCCCUCCCGGACCACAUGCCCACUGGGAUCACACUCGUCCCUCAAGGGACCAGCAAUACACUGUGCCAUUGCCGCUGUGUCCGUCCUUGCUGAUGACUCCUGUACAGAUCCACGGGGUCUCAGAGCAACACAGGAGCAACGAAGCCAACCGCAACUGCCUGAUCCCAACAGACAACAGCUCGUUACCUGCUGACACCGUUCUGUACUCAACCCACCAGUCUCAACAUCUCCUCCCCUCCGCGCUUUGCAUCCUGCUGCCCGGAGCCAGGCAGGAGCGAGAAGGUACAUGAGAAGUGUCGAGCGCGGACCUGGGCUCUGUCACAGGGUCUGGGGGCUCCCAGCCAUGCCGGGAUGGGUGGGAGCCCAAGCGAGCCAGGAGGAUGUUGUGCUUGGGGGAUGGUCCCAGCCUCCCCACUACCCAAAGAGCGGAGCCACUCCCUGCUUUGUUUCCCUCUUAUUUCCCCCCAUCUAAACCAAAGAAAUAGCCAGUCCCACAGAAACCUCGCCCUCGGUCCCCGUCCCACCCAGCCCCUCUUCACCCUGACCAGCGCUGGCAGCACACCGAGGCACCCCAGGUUGGCUCGAGGGGCUCCUGGCUGGGCAGGGCUGCUCCAACCGGAGCUGGCACCCACCGGCAGCGCGCCUUCCUCGAGGCUGAGCCCAUCGUUCUCCCCAAAGUGAGUGAGGUAGGAGAGGAAGGGUCCUUCAGAGUCAGCCCUGGCAUGAUGGGGACCCUGUGUGAUGAGUGUCCCCAGGCAGCCCUGCUCCGUUGGGACAGAGCUGUCCCUCUGCCGGUGCCCGCCUCUGCCCGCUGCUGCCGCAACCUGUCUCAUAAUGAGAAUUUUAAUGACCCUGGAUUUAAAUUGUUUCCACGAGCCUUCCUCUGCAACAUCCCUCCCACUGCAUCCUGGCCGGGGGAGACCCCGCAGCACGGCCAGGGUCUGCAGUGAGGGUACCCAGAAAUGUCACCAUACCCCAAAACACGGCUCUGCCCCCGCCGUGACCCCCCCAGCCGGCUCCAGGCUACUGUUGGUGCCUGGCUGCGGGCCACAGCUCUUCAACUUCUGUUUGCCACGGAGUCUGUGCCGCUUGUACCCACAUCGCUUGUGCUAAAGCCAAGGCAAACUACACACCGUAACCCUGCUGCUGAGCCACACGCCGUGUUAGUGCCAUUUCAUACAGUAAAGCCGUGUUAUAUUCUCA